GAGAGGCUUCACUCUGCAAGUCAAAGGGUGAGCUUCUCUUUCUACACGCUUUAGAAAAUUUCCAUUAAUUUAGAAUCUCACCAAUUGACUGUAAGACACCUAAAUGGCACCUCAGCCCAAGGCGAUGUUCUCGAUCCCCAGUGACAGGGUCACCAUGCCGACGCCCACUGCCUCCGUAGCAACCAGGCGUCCUCUAAGAAGUCUGCCCCUUUAUAAGCCCAUUUUUGCCCUCUAAGGUGGUUGUUCAGCAACUCCCUCCUGUUAGAGAUGCUUGGUGGGUGGUGCACUUUUGUUUUUCCCUUGCUGAGGUUAGCACUCGCAGGUGACUGCUUAUGUCCGCCAGCCACAAUUUUGUCUGAAUUUCCUUCCGAGGUGCCCACUGGGGUAUGUUGCCUCAAUUACUCAGGUUCCAUUCUGAGGGUUGUGUCCUGGUCUCUUCUGACCAGCCACUCUGGCAUUCAAAUUCUGGAUCUCUCCAGGUGCAACAUCACCUCACUGGAGGUAUCUACUGUGGGGGAAUCCCUACUGGAGAAGGUCUAUUUAGCUCACAAUAGAAUUGCAGUGUUACCCCCUUACUUUCUGGCAGGACAACACCGCUUGGAGCUGGUGGAUCUGAGCUGGAACAUGCUGGAGGAGCUCCCCGAAGGCUUUCUGCAGGACUCAAACACCAUUCUACAGUUGGACCUGCAGGAGAACAGGCUGCGCUCCCUGCCGGCAUCUGUACUCCAAAGGCCCCUCCUCAGGACUCUGGAGCUUGACAAGAACCCUUGGGAGUGCUCGUGCUCUUUCCUGGAGGUCCUGGAGACAGAGAAGCUGGCGAGGAACCUGACAUGUGCGGCGCCCUGGAACUUGGUGGGUCGUAUGGCGCGAUCAGCCAAACUCAGCGAUGUCUGUCGGCCAGCAAGCCUUACCACACUGUUCGUCGCGCUCCCAAUUUUCAUCCUUGCCACCCUGCUGGUUUGUUGGUGUUGCGGUAGGAAGAGGAGGGAGGUCCCAACAUUAGGAGCAUCCAAUAAACAGACCAGCGCUAGAGGGAUUGGAUCCAAGGGGCACAGCAAACUAUCACAAAAGUCAGAUGACUGCAUCAGGGAAGGAAUUCUGAUCCCAGCUUCUAAGAUUCUGAUACCUACAGACCAAGACGAGGCUGUCCAGCAAAAGUCCGUGGAGACACCCCACCUAGGGUCUGAGGGGAAGGGGCUCAGCAAGUCAGAGCCAGAUGCAGUUAGCGUGACAGAAGUUCUAAAAGACUCAACCGACAGGGAGAAAGCAUACAUGACUCAAUCUACGCAGUACUACAGCUUGGUGCCGGUAAUCCAACUGGAUGACUCAGAUGGGUGACAUUUACAUUGUCUCAAGUACUUUUAAAAGUGGAACAGUCAGCAAAAAACGCUAAAUCUGCCUCCAAUUCGUGCCAGGAUGUUUUUGCAAAAUAAAGUAUUUUCAAAUAUUCACCAGCUACUCCCCCAACAAAGUAAUAGUAUGUCGGUCUCAAAUUUGUAGUAUGAAUCUUGGCUUCAGUCCUCCUGAAUUUAAUUCAGUCUUAACUUUCCAAUUAGUAAUAAUUCUUCAAAUUUCCUAGAGUUACCACGUUUUGGCCUUGUUACUGUGAAUGAAUGUGCCAUUCCGGAACGCACCGCCGUUUUGGUUCAUGCUGUGUCAGCACUGUAUUUCAGGUUCUGCAGCUUCAAGAACACUUCCCAGAUGGAAACCAAUCACACCCAAGUACAACUGGAAUGCCUAAGUACCUCUCACAUUAUGCAAAAAAUUAAAUUAUAUAAUCCAGUGAGGAAAAUAAGUAUUUGAACACCCUGUGAUUUUGCAAGUUAGACUUAGAAAUGAUGGGCGGGUUUGAAAUUUUCAUGGUAGGUGCUUGUCCACUGUAAGAGACAAUCUAAAAAAAAAAUUUUUUUAAAUCCAGAAAUCACAGUGUAUGAUAGAAGUGGUAGAUCCACCAGGGUGGCUUGUGGUGGCAAUUUCCACCCUAAAAGAUAGGUUUGCCAUCCCAGCUGCGGCCCCA